GUGCAAUAUAAAGUUUUGCUGAAUUGAAGGUAGCAUGUCCACAUGAGUUAAUUGUUUGUGUAGGUAGGAAUAAAGUGAAACAUUCGUUGAGAUGCAAGUUUGAUAACGUUAAAAUAUUCACGAAUAUGAAUGUGUGUCAUGCAGCAAAACAGGCAAACAGUUAGCCCAUGCAACAAAAUUCGAUGAUUUUGACGGUUGACAGUUCUGCAGUGUGAAUUUCAUAGAAAUUGAUCGCAGCAAGCAUUAGCACGCGCAGGAAGGAUUUUGUGUGGAAAUCAGCGAUUUGGUGAUAUAUUCUGACCCCUGUGCGAAGCGAGCAAGCCGCGAAUUACAUCACAAUGGUACAGAAAUCGUCGGGAUUCGUUGGCUUCUUCAAAAAUAUCUACUACGAUGAGUACAAAUGGGCUCUCGUGAAAAGUGCCUCGCUGUUCAUCGUGGGCGUACGAUUUGCACAGGAAUGUGUCGGUCUGGAAUUGAUGCCAUCGGUGGCACACUAGAGCAGCAGAACUAAACAUUAGUGUUACAAUAUUAUCGCAAUAAAUCCUUGUUCCAUAAUGCCGUAUUCCUUCGUGGCGCUUUGUUUACUGUUGGUGGUUUCCGGUAGGGCCGAUCCCGGCAAGAGCGGGUACAAUUUCGUGUUAAUACUUGCAGAUGACCAAGAUAUCAUGCUGCAUGGUAUGACUCCGAUGGCAAAAACCCUCGAACAGAUCGCGAACGAAGGAAUAACCUUUGUCAACGCCUUCACAACGUCUCCAAUUUGUUGUCCUUCACGAAGUUCCAUUCUAACGGGCCAAUAUGCUCACAAUCAUAAAACAUACAACAAUUCCCUGUCCGGUGGGUGCUACGGGUCGUUUUGGAAGAAAAAGAUCGAGCCGCAGGCACUCCCUGCUUUGCUAUACAAUGCUGGGUAUGAGACAUUUUUCGCCGGCAAGUAUCUAAACGAAUAUUAUUCCGAGGCCGUUCCAUCGGGAUGGUCGCAAUGGUUCGGUUUGCAUGGAAAUUCACGCUACUACAACUUCACCGUCACCGAAAAUGGCAAGGCAGUCCACUAUUCCGAUGAAUAUUUUACUGACUAUCUGAAUUCAAAGUCGAUAGAGUUUCUGCAGAAAGUGACCGAAGGAAAGCCGUUUUUUGCGAUGAUCGCACCACCAGCACCGCACGCACCGUUUACUCCAGCACAUCGGCACGAUAAACUUUUCCCGAACGUGAAGGCAGUUCGAACACCAAAUUUCAACAUAUCGUCCAGUCCUUUGCAAAAACAUUGGCUCUUAACAAUGGAACCAUCAACGUUACCGGCGGAAUUUUCGGAUGAAAUAGACUCUAUCCAUCGCAAAAGAUGGCAAACAUUGAUGGCAGUGGAUGAUAUGGUAAAAAACAUUGUCACCGCGCUGGAGGGCAAAAAAAUGCUCGAAAAGACCUUCAUUUUCUACACUUCCGACAACGGUUUUCAUUUAGGACAAUUCUCUCAAGCGUAUGACAAACGACAACCGUAUGAAACAGAUAUUCGGGUUCCUUUGCUCGUCCGAGGCCCUUCCAUUCGUCCGAAAACGGUACAUGAAUCGGCGGUCGCGUUAAUCGACAUCGUACCAACGAUACUUCAACUAGCCAACGUGGAACUUCCGUUCUCUAUGGAUGGUCGACCAUUGCCGCUGAGCAACGAUCGAGCGGAUGUCAUUGAACGCCAAAUCUUAGUUGAAUACUGGGGAGAAGGAACCACGGACACGUACAACCCACUGUGUCCGUGGUCAGCGGAAGACAGGCUUCAGCUUUGCACCCUAGAUGCAGCGUGUCACUGCCAGGACGCAUGGAACAAUACAUUCAACUGUGUUCGUCAUCUGGCACGUGAUAUGAAUUUCGUUUACUGCGAGUUCAAAGACGAUCAGAAUUUCGUCGAAGCGUACGAUAUUGCAACUGACCUGUACCAAAUGGAUAACAUUGCAUAUGACAUUCUUCCCUCUGUUAGAGCAAAGUACAGUUUGGCACUGCAAAAUUUGUCCGCCUGUGUAGGACCUACGUGUAAUUUAAUCUACUGAUCGACGGUGGAAUGAUCGUUUGAAUGUAGCGUCUCUCUAAAUGUGGUUCUGAUUAUUAGAAUGUAGAAUCUAGCCUACCAAAAACAGAUGAACGAAUAAAAUAAUCAACAAUUAAAAAGAA